AUGGCAAAGCAGCGAGGGGCCAGCAAGCCUGUGCCGGCCGCAGCGCAUGACGGUUCGGACGACGACGCGUACCCAUCCCCGCCUAAGAGGCUCGGCCGAGGCAGCAGCGUCCGAGGCUCCAACCUCUCCACAACAGCCGCCGCAGCUGCGGCCGCGGCGGUAGCGGCGGCGGCGGGCGCGGGGAUGGUCGGGGGCGGCGGAGGGGGGCCCGCGGGGAUGGAGGGCGUGGAGGAGGGGGGCAGCGGGUGGGAGGCCAUGCUGCAGCAGCUGGAGCGCGACUCGUAUCUCGCCGUGCUCCGCGCGUUCGGCGCGCAGUCCGAAGCGAUCACCUGGGCGAAGGAGGCGCUGAUGUCGGAUCUGCGCAAGGAGCUCAACAUCUCGGACGACGUGCAUCGCCUGCUGCUGGCGCGCGUGCAUGACGACAAAAACAUCCGCCUCAUCUGCAAUUGGAAGACGGCGAGGGAUGCGGGGGCGUAUGUACACCACCCGCCUCCCCCCCCUCCCCCCGCGCCCGCGCCUCCCCCAGUUGCGCCCCCCCCUGAGCUCAUCCCUCCAGCCUCCUCCCGCAAGCGGCCAAAAAUGGCCGCCCUUUCGGCAGCGCCUUUGGGGAAGGGCGUGGGGGCGGUUGGGGGGGGCGGGGGAGUGGGCGCGGGGGUGGGGGCGCCGUUUGCAGUGGCACCUGUGGAGGCUGUGGGGUCAGGGCGGAGAGGGGGGAAAGGAAAGGGCCGACGCGGGCGAUGGUCCGCGGGUGCACCUGGGGGAGCAGGGCGGGGGGCAGGAGCGGGAGGAGUGGCAGCAGGGGGAGUGGGGGCGGUGGGGGGGAUAGUCAUAGACCCGCUCAUAGGCCGGCGGGUGAAGACGCGGUGGGUGGAGGAGGGAGGCGGGUCGCGGUUCUAUGAGGCGGUGAUAACAGACGUGAGGCCAGAGGAUGGCAUGUAUUCAUUGGUUUAUGAGCUCAACACUCCCAACGAGAGCUUCGAAUGGGUCGACCUUAACCUGAUCCCAAAGGAAGACAUUAUAUGGGUGGAAGGCCCCCCAGUACUUGACUUUAUCCGCCCACCCGCGCUUCCUUUUCCUCUUUCCUAUUACGGGAAUGUUUCAGGGGUGACGGCGGGAGGGGGGCCUGGAGGUAGGGGGGACGGGGAGGGAGGAGAGGGGGUGGCAGGGUGGUUGAGGCGAGUGGCGAGCCUGCCGCCGCUAGUGGAGAUACUCAAGCUGGUGAAUGUAGAAGAGGAGGAUAAUCUGGCCAAGCUGGCAGAUGCCAAGAGGCUGAUCAAGGAGCGAGAGAAUGAGCUGCGGAGAGCGCUGGCAAUGCUAGGAGAGGACAGUGAGGAGGACGAGGAGGAAGGGGGGAAGGAGAGGGGAGGAGGGGAGAGGGAGAAGGGCGGCACUGCCAAACGAGGCUCUUCCAAGCAGUCAGACGUCUCAAAACGUGCUUCAACACAACUGCUCUUCCACCCCCCAUGGCCACCCUUUCUGUCCGUCCAUCUGGAUGCCCCAAACGGCUCCUCCACCCUUUCUGUCCGUCCAUCUGGAUGCCCCAAACGGCUCCUCCACCCUUUCUGUCCGUCCAUCUGCAUGCCCCAAACGGCUCCUCCACCCUUUCUGUCCGUCCAUCUGGAUGCCCCAAACGGCUCCUCCACCCUUUCUGUCCGUCCAUCUGGAUGCCCCAAACGGCUCCUCCACCCUUUCUGUCCGUCCAUCUGGAUGCCCCAAACGGCUCCUCCACCCUUUCUGUCCGUCCAUCUGGAUGCCCCAAACGGCUCCUCCACCCUUUCUGUCCGUCCAUCUGGAUGCCCCAAACGGCUCCUCCACCCCUUCUGUCCGUCCAUCUGGAUGCCCCAAACGGCUCCUCCACCCCUUCUGUCCGUCCAUCUGGAUGCCCCAAACGGCUCCUCCACCCUUUCUGUCCGUCCAUCUGGAUGCCCCAAACGGCUCCUCCACCCCUUCUGUCCGUUUAUCUGGAUGCCCCAAACGGCUCCUCCACCCUUUCUGUCCGUCCAUCUGGAUGCCCCAAACGGCUCCUCCACCCUUUCUGUCCGUCCAUCUGGAUGCCCCAAACGGCUCCUCCACCCUUUCUGUCCGUCCAUCUGCAUGCCCCAAACGGCUCCUCCACCCUUUCUGUCCGUCCAUCUGCAUGCCCCAAACGGCUCCUCCACCCUUUCUGUCCGUCCAUCUGGAUGCCCCAAACAGCUCCUCCACCCUUUCUGUCCGUCCAUCUGGAUGCCCCAAACGGCUCCUCCACCCUUUCUGUCCGUCCAUCUGGAUGCCCCAAACGGCUCCUCCACCCUUUCUGUCCGUCCAUCUGGAUGCCCCAAACGGCUCCUCCACCCUUUCUGUCCGUCCAUCUGGAUGCCCCAAACGGCUCCUCCACCCUUUCUGUCCGUCCAUCUGGAUGCCCCAAACGGCUCCUCCACCCUUUCUGUCCGUCCAUCUGGAUGCCCCAAACGGCUCCUCCACCCUUUCUGUCCGUCCAUCUGGAUGCCCCAAACGGCUCCUCCACCCUUUCUGUCCGUCCAUCUGGAUGCCCCAAACGGCUCCUCCACCCUUUCUGUCCGUCCAUCUGGAUGCCCCAAACGGCUCCUCCACCCUUUCUGUCCGUCCAUCUGGAUGCCCCAAACGGCUCCUCCACCCUUUCUGUCCGUCCAUCUGGAUGCCCCAAACGGCUCCUCCACCCUUUCUGUCCGUCCAUCUGGAUGCCCCAAACGGCUCCUCCACCCUUUCUGUCCGUCCAUCUGGAUGCCCCAAACGGCUCCUCCACCCUUUCUGUCCGUCCAUCUGGAUGCCCCAAACGGCUCCUCCACCCUUUCUGUUCUCUCCCCUUCUGCUUCUGAACCCUCCACAGCCAGUGGCAAGGGCAGGGAGGGGGCAGCAAGGGGAGGGGGAGGAGGAGGGGGAGGGGGAAGAGGGGGAGGUAGUGGAGGAGGAAGGGGAGGAGAAGAAGCAGGAGGGAAGAGGGGAGCAGGAGCAGGGGAAGAGGGAGGUGGGCGGUCUCAAUUGUCUUCUAGCAGCCGGUCGUCUGACGAGGAUGAUGAGGACGAUGAUGUCAGCAAGGGGCGCAGUGAUGAUGAGGAUGACGUCAGCAAAGGCCGGCGCAGCGGUGCAAGUGGCAGGGGCAGUCCGGGCAGGAAAGAAAAUAGCCUGAGAGGUGGGCCGGGCAGCCCGAGGGGCAGAAAGAGCCCAAGAAGGAGGCAGGAGAGUGAUGGGAGUGGGAGGAGCGGGGAGAAUAGUGAAGGGAGUGAGAGGCCUAGGGGAAGGAGCAGGGAAAGGAGUGUUGAUAGUGGGAAGAGUGGGGAGAGACGGAGUGUGGAUAGCGGGAGGAGUGGGGGCCGAGGGGAUAGGAGUGACGAUGAGAAGGGAAGCGGUAGGAGGGACGUGAAGGGAGGAGGGGAGGAGGGCGGAAGGAAGGCAGCAGCAGGUGGGGCGACUAAGAGGGGUGACAGUAGAGAAAGCAGCGAAAGGAAGGGAGGGGGAGAGAGAGGAGGGAGUGUGAGCAGCAACAGUGGCAGCCCGAAACGGGCCAGAUCGGGAGGCGACAGGGACGAGCAGGACAGGAGUGCAGCGGCCAACAGGGAAGGCGGGGCGAGGGGUGGAGAGAAGAAGGCACGGUCCGAAGCUAGUGGAGGGAGGUCAGGAGGGGGGGAAGAUGAGGAGGACGAAGUGGAUAUAGACAGGGAUGAGGGCACAAGCAGAGGGUCCCCUGCUGCAUCUAGAGGGGACUCUGGGUCUAAGGGUGAUUCUAAGAGGGUAAGGGGGGACUCUAAGGGAGCGCCUAGGGCAGGUUCUGGGGGGCCGUCUGGUGGGCGUUCCCGCAGUCGCUCCCCUGCUCGCUCGGAUGGCGGUUCGUCUUCGGAUGAAUCCAAGUAG